CUGGCAACGUUUAUUUGAUCCUAAAAAAAUCUGGCAGCACUGCAAAAAGAAUAGGAGCAGAAAAACAAACGAUGGCAUUUUGUAUUGCUGUUAUUGGCAAGGAUAAUGCACCACUGUACUUGGCCACAUCGGACUUGGAGCGGGAAUUGGACUUGCAGUAUCAUGUGCACGCAGCCCUGGACGUUGUCGAGGAGAAAUGUUUGAUUGGCAAAGGUGCAACAGACUCCAAGGAACUCUACUUGGGACUGCUCUACUCCACUGAGAUUCACAAAAUCUACGGCUUUGUCACCAACUCACGAAUCAAGUUCAUUGUUGUCAUCGAUUCAAGCAACGUUGCACUGCGGGAAAACGAAGUGCGGGCGAUAUUUCGCAAUUUACACAUGCUUUACACUGAUGCCGUUUGUAAUCCGUUUUACAUUCCGGGCGAACAAUUGGUCUCCAAGAAAUUUGAUCGAGCAGUCCAGAAAUUAAUGAACGGCAGUGCAUAAUUUAAAUAUAGCGUUAAGACAAUAUUAUUACAUAUAAAAUGUUAGCAAAAACUUGCUACUCAGUUGUUUUGUUGGUUUUGAGUUGCUAAGUAUUCUUAAUAAACCUCAAAUAAAAUUAAAACAUUG